UAUAAAAGAGUCUAUCAAUCUCGUUGUUUCUCAGCAGAGCGCACUACUGUGUUAUUCCUAAAGAGCUAUAUAGACGUCCUAAUACAAUGUUCACUGAAACAAGUUUAAUGAAUGUCCCAAGACCUAAAUAGGCACACGAAAACAAUUCCACACCUUCCGGACUCCGUUUCCUGCGUCAUGACGCACAAUUGAUCAGUUUAUUAGUUGUCUGAAGAAAUAAAGACAAGAUGUUGGGAGAGGUGGUUUCAAACGUCUUGAAGUUCUAUGACUACCUUCUCAAACGAACUGAUGCCAGAGUGCGGGAUUAUCCGCUGAUGCAGAGUCCCAUACAGAUGACCCUCAUCUUGCUGGGAUACGUGCUCUUCGUUCUAUAUGUGGGACCAAGAUACAUGGCCAAUCGCAAACCUUUCCAUCUCAACACAACAAUGAUCAUCUAUAAUUUCACAAUGGUGGCCUAUAAUGCCUACAUUGUUUACGAGUUCUUGAUGUCUGGUUGGGCAACAACAUACACCUGGAGAUGUGACCUCUGUGACCCCUCCAGCAGCCCACAAGCACUCAGAAUGGUUCGAGCUGCCUGGUUGUUCUAUUUUUCUAAAUAUGUUGAACUUCUUGAUACGGUGUUUUUUGUGUUGAGAAAGAAGCACAAUCAGGUGACAUUCCUGCACAUCUUCCAUCAUUCCAUCUUACCCUGGACGUGGUGGUGGGGCGUCACUCUCACUCCUGCUGGUGGAAUGGGUUCCUUCCAUGCUAUGGUAAAUGCAUGUGUCCACGUCAUCAUGUACACCUAUUACGGUCUGGCUGCUGCAGGAUCACGCUUCCAUAAGUAUCUGUGGUGGAAGAAGUACUUGACUGCAAUCCAGCUGAUUCAGUUUGUGCUGGUGUCUGUCCAUAUAUCUCAGUAUUACUUCAUGGAAAAGUGUGACUACCAGGUUCCCAUUUUUAUUCAUCUCAUCUGGAUCUACGGCACCCUUUUCUUUAUCCUCUUCUCCAACUUCUGGAUCCAGGCCUAUAUAAAGGGCAAGCGACUACCUGUUAGCAGCGAGGACAAACCCAAACAGAAUGGCAUUACCACUGUGAUUGAGCUGGCUCCAGUGGCCAACGGCAAACACUUGGAAAAUGGCACUGUGCACUACACUAAUGGAUUUGCCCACAAUGGGAAAGUAAAGGAGGUCUAAACAGGCUAGUAGCAUACAGGACUCCACUGGAACAUCACACAGUCAAGCGACAUGGUUGUUAGAUUAUUUUUGUUUUCUUUGUCAAAUUUAGAUUUUUUAUAAUUGUGUGGAAGAUGAAACGGCACAUUUGAUCUGGCAGUGGGUCCCCCUUUCUUUGUAUUUAUUGAGCAUCAGGCUGGGGAGCACAGUGCAUGAAGAGAAUUUGUCCGCUGAAGUCGGCUUUGUAGACGUCAUUCUGAAACCUGACAGCAUAUUUUACAGCUGUCUGUGGUUGAAUUUGUUGACCUUGGCUUUUUUCUGGCAUAUGAGUCUCCUAGUUUGCACACUGCACAGUUCUCACAGAUCUAACUCAAACUUGACUGUAAAUAAAUUUUUCCUCAGUUUAUUGGAAAUGUAUGAGUUGUCCAUUUUUUAUGUACAUACCUUAUCAGUUAAUAAAAGCUUUUUAUAAUAA